AUGAUACCCCCAUUCGAGACCACCUUCGCCGUCCCCCUCCGUUGCGACGAGUGUAUCAAACACGUCUCCUCCUCCCUCCACAAGCUCCCCGGUAUCCACUCCGUCGCUGCUGACCUCCCUUCUCAACUCGUCUCCGUCACUGGCACCGCCGCCCCCUCCGCCAUCGUCUCCGCCAUCCAAUCCACCGGACGCGAUGCGAUCCUCCGAGGAAGUGGGCGGGAGAACUCUGCCGCUGUCUGCAUCCUUGAAACACACGCCGACGUGCCUAACCAAGUCCGCGGCCUCGCGCGCAUGGUUCAGGUGACCUCGGACCUCACCCUCAUCGACCUGAGCCUCCGCGGGUUGGCUCCCGGAAAAUACUGGGCGACAGUGCGGGAAGGGGGAGAUAUCUCCCGCGGCACCGCGAGCACUGGCGGAGUCUGGGAGGCGGGGAAGCAGGCAUCCGGGGAGGGCCGCGGGGUGCUAGGGACGGUAGAGGUGGAUGAGGCGGGGAUCGGGUCGACGUUUCUGGAUCGGAGGAUGCAGGUGUGGGAGGUGAUAGGGCGGAGCGUGGUGGUGUCGCAGGAGCGGGAGGGGUUCGCGGCGGAGGAUGCGGAUACGUUGGUGGGGGUGGUGGCGCGGAGUGCGGGGGUUUGGGAGAAUGAGAAGACGGUGUGUUCGUGUAGUGGGAAGACGGUGUGGGAGGAACGGACGGAGGCGGUGGGGAGGGGGGUGUUGUGA